AUGCCCAAACAAUCCUGCGCCACUGGACAGUCGCUAUCCGCCCAUACUGGUCUUCAUGAAGUGUCUGAUAAUAGGACCGACCUCCAUAAGCGUCAAUCCCUCAACACCGACGCUCUGAUCAAUCGUAUUGGAAAUUCAGAAGGCUGUCCUACCACCAGACGAGUAGCACUGGUCGGCAUUGCCACUGACUGCACAUACACAGCAUCGUUUAACUCGACAGAGUCCGUCCGCCGCAACCUUAUUAACGUAGUAAACACGGCAUCGGAAGUCUUCGAGAGGACUUUUAACAUCUCUCUGGGCCUGCAUAAUGUCACCAUCAGCGAUUCCGUCUGUUCAGAUCGCGCUUCGGAUGCGACUCCGUGGAACGCCGCCUGCUCCGAUGGUAACAUGGACGGACGUCUACGACAGUUUACCUCAUGGCGACAGUCUCUGCAGGACUCCACCAAUGCCUACUGGACGCUGAUGACAGGCUGUCCGACGCGAGGAGAGGUGGGAGUUUCGUGGGUUGGUCAGUUGUGCAAUCCUCAAAACGGCGUUAACGUCGUAGCGCAGACGUCGAAUGAAUGGCAGGUUUUUGCCCACGAGUCUGCGCAUACAUUCGGAGCCGUUCACGACUGCACUGCGGAUACAUGUUCCUCAGGACAGUGCUGUCCUCGCUCCACAUCUACCUGCGAUGCUAACGCACAGUACCUGAUGAACCCGUUCUCCGCCUCUUCUCAGAGCGACUUCUCGCCUUGCACUGUGGGGAAUGUGUGCGGUCUGAUCGGAUCGGGAAACGUCCUGACGAGGUGUCUUAUCAGCAACCGGAAUGUUCCCACCAUCACGGCCAACGAGUGUGGGAAUGGCAUCGUUGAGGAGGGAGAGGACUCUGCUCUGAUGUAUCUUCCCGAGGAUACUGCAUGGGAACAGGCAGACAGGUACUGGACGGCACUCCUUGUAGCGGUGGACAGUGUCGCAAUGGACAGUGCCGGCCGGAUCAGGACAGUGACGGGUCCUCUUGGGUCGAUCGUCAUCGGUCUUUGGUAA